CAGCUUGGGACGAAAGAGAUACAAUUGUUAAAAAAUGGAGCCAAACUAAACGCAAACGGCUCACCAAGGUAAAGGAAAAUGUUAGGGUUGAGAUGUUUCCCGCAAUCAAAUUACUUGAAACGAUUCUACAGAAGGAUUACCAUCAACUGCCUGAGCAACAGCAUUCAACCUCUCCCAACCUCUAAUCUCACUCUUUGCUUCUCAUCUAAUCUCUCCUCUUUCUCUAUAUCCAUUUCUAAUAUUCACCAAUAUCGAAAAUUAUAUGCUACUGUUACACAUACUUCCAAUUCCAAUGUUACUACAUCCUCAACUGAAUCUCCCCUAACAGGUUUGGAGGAUGAUUUAGUGGGUUAUGUUUUGGGCAAGAAGAAGGCAACUGAAGUAGCCCAUUUGGUAUGGAAGCAUGUAGUCCAGAAAGGGGACACGGUUAUAGAUGCUACUUGCGGGAACGGCUACGACACCUUAGCCAUGCUUAAAAUGGUGGCUGAUGAAUCAGGCACUGCUCGUGUUUACGGAAUGGACAUCCAGAGAGAUGCUUUAGAGAACACUUCUUCAUUGCUUGAUGAAAAUGUCACUCCCAAGGAGAAACAGCUUGUAAAGCUCUUUUCCAUCUGUCACAGUAGAAUAGAAGAAAUUAUUCCAGAAAAUAGCCCUGUAAGGCUUGUUGCAUUCAACCUGGGCUACCUUCCAGGAGGUGACAAAGCUCUAACAACAGUUCCAGAAACAACCAUGAUGGCAAUAGAGUCUGCAAAGAGGGUCUUAGUGCCUGGAGGACUCAUCAGUUUAGUUGUGUAUGUGGGACAUCCUGGUGGAAGGGAAGAAUUGGAGACGGUUGAAAGUUUUGCUUCUGGAUUAUCAGUUGACGAGUGGAUAUGUUGCAAGUUCCAGAUGUUGAAUCGACCUUUAGCACCAGUACUUGUAUUCUUGUUCAAGAAGUAAAGUCACGGUCACAAUGAUGAUACUGGUAGUCGAUAUUUUUGUAACCUAGGACCUUUUUGUCUUUGUUGUAUUGUGAAACAGUGACCAAUUUUUUUUUCUUCCCUUGAUUCUUGACAAGUGUUCGGACUCAUAAACACUCGAAACAUCUUUAAUUAUGGAUAUCUUGAGGGAGAGGGUUGAAUGACAAUGAUUGAAUAGUUGAAUUUUC